GUAACAGCUCGCCCGCGAGGAAAUAUCAUAUAAAAGUGCUAUAGCAAAUGGUUGAUACGGAAACGCUAAUAUUAUGUUAAAGUUAAGACACUGAAUAAUCGUCAACUACCGGUGUUGUGGAGUGUUUGUUUAUAAGGUGUGUUUAUACAAAUCAACAAGAUGAGCGCCCCUAUAAUCAUCACGGUGCCUAACAACUACCUGGCCAUGGAGGCGGUCGAGGAGCUGGAGUCCAAGGUGGUGGUGGACCUGCCUUCACCUGCGCCCUCCAGGAAGCGCCGCCUGGACCACUUAACAUGGGAGGAGAAGAUGCAAAGAAAGAAGCUGAAGAACCGCGUAGCGGCUCAGACUUCGCGCGACAGAAAGAAGGCGAAAAUGGAUGAGAUGGAGAGUCGGAUUAAAUACUUCAUGGACAUGAAUGAGAAGUUAACGAGUGAAGUUGAGAGCUUGAAGGCGCUGAACGAGCGUCUGUUGAGCGAGAACGCUACGCUACGCAGCGAAGCGGCGGCGGCGCGGACCGUCGCGGGGGCCCCUAGACCGGCAGAGUCUACUCCUCAGCAGAAGGAAGGGCCCCCGCCGGCGAUCCGCGCGGCGCGCCUGCUGCUGGCGAUGUGUCUCCUCUCGCAGACCUCCUCGCACACUUCGACUCCGACGAGUACCUCGAUACCCUCACUCAACUUGCAGACUCCCUCUUCAAAGAAAUUGAUGCAAGUGCUGCAGGAACGCCUCAAAAUGACACAAUCAGGCAAACUGGAGAGUGCAUUGAAGGAACUAAAGUGGUGGGGACCCCAGCAGAGCACCUGGAAUCCAGUGAAGGUGCAGUCGUAGACAUGAAGCAUGACGUCGACAGGAUAAUGUCCCAACAUUCCUAUGCGCAUCCUUACAAACCAGAGAUUGUUGUCACCGACACACAAGAAGUACAAAUUAAAGAAGAGAACAAUGACAAAGGAGACAUGUUCUAUGCGAGCUGUGAUGAAGCCAAUGACUGCAUCACGAUCGAAGUGCCAUGUGAGGAACAUGUUGAAGAAACUCCUCUACAGGUUACAACAGACUUUAGCUCCCUGACGGACAAUUGUCCGGGGAUCACUCUGGAGUGUGACAUGAAAAUGCUCUCUCCUAUGACCAUGUCACCUAAAUCUAUAGAGGAGAAUCUUGGCCUGUCCCCUUCGCACACGAUCCUGAGCUCAGACCUGGGUUACGAGUCAUUGGCAUCACCACUCAGUGAGCCAGAAUCUAUGGACUUGUCAGACUUUUGGUGCGAAUCAUUUUCAGAAUUAUUCCCCGGUCUAGCGUAGAAUGUUUCUGCAUCACGACUCCCACCAAAGACUGACUAGUUUAUAAGUUUUAAGUUAUUGAAUCUAUGUAUGUACUAUAUUGUUAAGUUAUGAAAUGACAAAUUUAAUUAGGGUUUGAUCACCUGUUUAUUGUUAAGUAAAUGUUUUUUAAUAUAUUAUAACAAAUUAUAAUUUAGUGUUUAGUUAGGAUGCACAUAGGUUGUAAGUAAAUAAACAAUGUCCUGUCGAA